AGAAAAAGACGGGCAGACACUGGCAAAGAUAUUUAAGCUAUUCGAAACCACCGUCGGUUUCUCCGUUAAAGUAACGUUUAUUGCUUUAGAAUAACGUACAUAAACGAUGACGGAGCCCCAGUCAGCGCUGUUACUUAGGAGACAGCUAGCAGAACUGAAUAAGAACCCAGUGGAGGGCUUCUCGGCAGGCCUGAUAGACGAUAAUGAUCUCUACAGAUGGGAGGUGUUAAUAAUCGGACCACCCGACACACUGUACGAGGGUGGUGUGUUUAAAGCACAUCUAACGUUUCCCAAAGAUUAUCCACUCAGGCCUCCAAAGAUGAGGUUCAUCACCGAGAUCUGGCACCCAAAUGUCGACAAGAACGGUGAUGUUUGUAUUUCUAUUUUGCACGAGCCGGGGGAGGAUAAAUACGGCUACGAGAAACCAGAGGAGCGCUGGCUUCCUAUCCACACGGUUGAGACCAUUAUGAUUAGUGUCAUCUCUAUGCUAACUGACCCCAACGGAGACUCCCCCGCCAACGUGGACGCAGCGAAAGAGUGGAGGGAAGAUCGACACGGAGAGUUUAAAAGAAAAGUCGCCCGUUGCGUAAGAAAGAGCCAAGAGACUGCCUUUGAGUGAUAUUCAUCCAGCAAGUUGUAGCGUCACUAUUUUUCAGGGUCUCCAGUUGAGAAACAUGGCACUGUUUUCCUGCACUCCACCAUCCUAUUGCCGGACUGGUCUUUGAUUGAACGUUGGCAGUAAUCAGGCUGGCAUUAAACAAGCUGCAAUACAACAUACGGCUUUUUCAAGAUGCUGACAAACACGCCAAGCAAGUGCCAACCUUAAAAAAAAAAAAAAAGAAAAGAAAACAUAACAA